AAUUGCGACUGGGCGUGAGCUGCACAGCAAUUCAGCAGAACUGAAGUUUGGUGAAACUGUGUUGCUGCUUCACUUGUCCAUCCUAUUUAGGAGCAGAAAUACUAAUACGGAGCAUUUGACCUGAUCUCUACAGCUGGAUCUCCUGAUAGCAGGAUUAGGAAAGAGUGCCUUCAGAACCAAUAUGUAGCAAAUGGGUGUCACACCUCUGAAGCUCCCCCCUGGCUUCAACAUUUGCGUGUUUUAAGGAUCCUUGUUGCCUCAGCAUUGAAUUGUUCUUGUGGACUUCAGAAACAGAUUUCAUGUGGUGCUUGCUGAACGUUGAGUCACCAUGAGUAGUAAUCUAGGAAAAGAAAAGGACUGUAAAGAGAAGGAUCCAAAAGUCCAAUCGUCAAAAGAAAGGGAGAAGGAGGCGAAGGCCUCUGGAGGAUUUGGGAAAGAGAGCAAAGAAAAGGAGCCUAAGACCAAAGGGAAAGAUGCCAAAGAUGGAAAGAAGGACUCCAGUAGCACGCAGCCUGGGGUAGCUUUUUCAGUGGACAAUACGAUAAAAAGACCUAAUCCUGCCACAGGUACUCGCAAAAAAUCCAGCAAUGCUGAAGUGAUCAAAGAGCUCAAUAAAUGCCGGGAGGAGAAUUCUAUGCGCUUGGACUUGUCCAAGAGGUCUAUACACUUGCUUCCAUCAGCUGUCAAAGAGCUAACGCAGCUGACAGAACUUUAUUUAUACAGUAACAAACUGCAGUGCCUGCCAGCAGAGGUGGGCUGUCUGGUGAACCUGGUGACGCUGGCUCUGAGUGAAAACUCACUCACCAGUUUGCCUGACUCUCUGGAUAACUUGAAGAAGCUGCGCAUGCUUGACCUGCGGCACAACAAACUGCGAGAAAUCCCCUCGGUGGUGUACAGGCUCAGCUCCCUGGCCACGCUGUACCUACGCUUUAAUCGCAUAACUACUGUGGAAAAGGAUAUCAAAAACUUGUCAAAACUCACCAUGCUUAGCAUACGAGAGAACAAAAUCAAGCAGCUACCUGCUGAAAUUGGUGAGUUGUGUAACCUCAUAACGCUGGAUGUAGCGCACAAUCAGCUUGAACAUCUUCCAGAAGAGAUUGGAAGCUGCACGCAGAUCACCAACCUUGACUUGCAGCACAAUGAGCUCCUGGACCUGCCAGAAACCAUAGGAAAUCUGUCCAGUCUAAGUCGUCUUGGCCUGAGGUACAAUAGGCUGUCAGCAAUUCCCAAGUCUUUAGCAAAAUGCAGUGAACUUGAUGAGCUGAACUUGGAGAACAACAACAUUUCUACUUUACCAGAGGGUCUUUUAUCCAGCCUUGUCAAACUGACUAGUUUAACAUUGGCCAGGAACUGCUUCCAGUCCUAUCCUGUGGGUGGCCCGUCCCAGUUCUCCACAAUCUACUCUCUCAAUAUGGAGCACAACCGCAUCAAUAAAAUCCCCUUUGGAAUUUUCUCCAGAGCUAAAGUAUUAAGUAAGCUGAACAUGAAGGACAAUCAGCUGACGUCUCUCCCCUUGGACUUCGGGACUUGGACAAGUAUGGUAGAACUGAACUUAGCAACGAACCAGCUCACAAAAAUCCCUGAGGAUGUCUCUGGGCUUGUUUCUCUUGAGGUUCUUAUCUUGUCUAACAAUCUCCUAAAGAAACUUCCCCAUGGAAUUGGAAAUCUACGGAAACUCCGAGAGUUAGACCUAGAGGAAAACAAACUGGAAUCCUUGCCAAAUGAAAUAGCUUACCUCAAGGAUCUGCAGAAAUUGGUUCUGACAAACAAUCAGCUGACCACCCUUCCCAGAGGAAUUGGUCACCUUACCAAUCUGACGCACCUUGGGCUCGGAGAGAACCUUCUCACACACCUUCCUGAGGAAAUUGGUACACUGGAGAAUCUGGAAGAACUGUAUUUGAAUGACAACCCCAAUCUGCACAGCCUUCCCUUUGAGCUGGCUCUUUGCAGCAAACUGUCAAUAAUGAGUAUUGAGAACUGCCCACUCAGCCACCUUCCACCUCAGAUUGUUGCAGGAGGACCCUCCUUCAUCAUCCAGUUCCUAAAAAUGCAGGGACCAUAUCGUGCCAUGGUCUGAUGCUCAUCGACUUGUCCAAUACACUGUACAAAAUACAAACUGCAUUAAUGUUGUAAUUGUCUGUAUAUGUAUAUAUAAUAUAAUAUAUGUGGUUUAUAUUAUAUUAUAUAUAUAUAAAUAUAUAAAUAAUAUAAAAAGGCAAAUUUAAGACUGCAUUAUGUGUUUCUGCUAAUAGAGGAAUCAUAGCCAUUUAGAUUUUUUUUUUAAUUCUGUAAAAAUGCUUGUCUAAGUUUUCUUUGCUGAACUUGAUGGAAGUUGUCUGAAUAAUCUGAAAAUGCCAGUUCAUUUAAAGCAAUUGCCAAUGAACUCAAAGUUUAAAUUUAAGGGACAAAACCAGUUUUGCUUAGAUUUACUUUCAGUUAAGAGAAAUGUAUAACCUUUAUAUAAUGAACUUUUCUGUUUUGCUCCCCCCCCCCCCCCUUUUUUUUGUGUCAAAACCUGAAAGGGUCACGUCCCCUGAGGUUGGUAUUUUCUUUUAACUUAUUUUGAGAUUUGAAGCAAAUGGUGUUUUUAUAUUGUUUACAGUCAGAGUAAAUCACUGGAUUUUGUUUUAUUCUGAUUUGCUCUGUUUUAAUCAAUCAUAUCUAGAGUUUAUAUGCCUCUGCUGAUGGAUUUUUAUCAACCAGUUUGUAUACUAAAAACAUACUCAUCAGAACAACUGGCAGGUGAAAAGGAUGCAGUCAAAACAAAAAGAAAAGAAAAAAAAAAGCUUGAAUUCCUUUAAAUCUUGCUUCCCUGAGUUAUCAGUUGCAGGCAUAACAUAUCUGAACUGAGCCUUUUGCAGUUGGUCUUUUCUAGCACAAGUAAACCUUUUCAGAUUGGUAAAAAUGUGGAGUAUCCUCAGUGAAGAGCGGUUUUCAUUGUGUGAAGUAACAAGUCCAUGAGGUCUAACAGUACAGUUAAGUGACAAGGAAAUAAUAUAUAUGUACAUUUUUAUUACAAUGUUGAGUCAUAAACUACAACAGGCAAUUUUAAGGAUUCCUUAUAGACCUUGUACAAUAAAUGAAUGUGUCUUACUUUUAAACACUGCAAUAUAUGUAAGUUUUAAGGUUGGUUAACAAUGUACUAUGGUUUUAUAUCUUGACUUGCCUUGUACCUCCUUCCAUUAUGGAACUUCUGUGUCCAAGCACAAUAUCUUCACACUGUGCUGUUUUGCUGCUGAACUAAAUGCACUUUUCCCCACAGCUGGGGCACUUGCUUCAAAAUAUUCAGUUCAGUAUCUUGAUUAUUCUUUUUUAACUUCAUCCUAUCUGUUUCAGUAUUAAACCGAUCUAUUAAAAAAGAGGCACCUUUUUCAUUUGUGCAGAGAUGUUGGUAGCUCAAGAGAAACACUGUAAGUAGUGGACAUUCAGUUUUACCAUGAAUUUCUUGGCUGUUUAGAAGGCAGAAGAUGCUUCAAGGAGAGUUUCACUAUUGCUGCACUUGCAGCUGUCCUUGUUCAGGAGGGUAAGAACUCGAGGCAGUCACAUUCCAUGCUUACCCAAGAACUGUUCUGUUUAUACUCACUGGAAUUGCUGCUGGGGUAGUGUGACUUACAGGGCUGUACCUUUUGCACAAAAUCAAAUCAAUGGAUGCCAUGGGAAAUCUGUUUCACAUGCAGAAGUUUGGGAAUAUUAUUUCUGGCUUUCAGGUGUGCUUAUUUAGACAGAUUUCCUCAAUCUACUUGCAUUUUGUUUUGUUGUAUGUCUUUUCAUUAACAAGGAGUAAGUUUUAAAUGGAAGGCAGGUGGAGAUAUAAAACCUUAGAGGGCUUAAACAUGCUGUAAAACUAUUGUAGAUGUCACUGGAUUUUUACUAAGUAAUGUUCUAUUCUUUCUCACACACUCUCUGUCGUUCCCCCCUUCCCCUUUUUUUUUUUUUUUCUACAUCUACUGUAGCUUUUCAGUUUAGACUUUAGUUUAUAAAAGGCUAGUUCCUUACAGUUCUGCCUGAGUUAAUCUUUCUCAGCACUAAGGUGUUAAAAUAUGAAGAUGCUGAAAUGCUUAGUAUCAAGACUGUAAUUGAAAUUCUGAAUAUACUGCAAAGUCCGUGUUUGUGCCCUCAGGUCCCGAGGGGGGAAACUGGUUUGGUUAAUAUGGUUCCUUAAAGCAAAAGUGGCGACCCCUUGUGUUUCCAAACGUCGUGGUCUCAUUCCCUGUCUGCUCCUCAAUCCCGUUUUUAUAAGAGUUCAAGGGAUUGAAUUUGUUUAGUUUGUAAAUAUGUUGAUUAUUCACCUUGUUAAGGUACAUGGUUAAUGACUGUAUGAUUGGAGCUGGCCCUUUCUCACAUAAAUUCCUGUGGAGAAGUUGGCUACCAAAAUAGUGCUCGUCACACUCACUUAAAAACAAGCUAUUCUUUUCAGUACACUUAUAGGAAUAAAUAAAGCUAUGUUUUGAUUAAUUACUAUGUUAAAAACAGGAUAUUUUUGUCAAACUGGUUUUGUACUAGUAUGGUUGUUGCAAUGCCAGAUAAUCCUGAGCCCUGUUUUAGGAGUUUAAUUUUAUACACUUUGAGGUGAAUGCUUGUUUUUUCAGUGUCUCAAGGGAGAUUUGAGUAAGAGCAGUGUGAGAGAAGUUCUGGUGUAGGAGAAA